UUUCACACCUUGCAGGAGUUUUACACAGAGAAUCCCGAAACCUUUGAGGACUACGGACGCAUUAUAAACCAGCAUCACUUUAAGAGGCUCAUGGGUCUGAUGGAGGGGAGUACAGUGGCUGUGGGUGGAGGCAACAAUGAGUCCCAGUGCUAUAUAGCCCCCACUGUGUUGCAGGAUGUGACGGGGGAGUCUAAAGUGAUGAAGGAGGAGAUCUUUGGGCCGCUGCUGCCCAUCAUCACUGUGAGCGGUGUGGACGAAGCCAUCCAGUUUAUUAACGAGAGAGAAAAACCUCUGGUCUUAUACGUCUUCUCCAACGACAACAAGCUGAUCAAAAGAGUGAUAGCAGAGACGUCCAGUGGAGCUCUGCUAGCUAACGACUGUCUGGUGCACUUCACUGUUAGCGCUCUGCCUUUUGGAGGAGUUGGUAACAGCGGUAUGGGAUGCUACCACGGCCUGCACGGUUUCAACCAGCUCAGCCACCUGCGAAGCUGUCUGAUCAAGCAGCUGAACAUGGAGGCAUUCAACAACAUGCGCUACCCCCCCCACACAGACAAAAAGCUGGGCUGGGCGCGCUUCUUUCUGCUCAAGCAGCUGAACGUGGGCCGGCUGCGGCGCAUUGCCCUGCUGGCCGCGCUGGCCGGCCUGGCAGCAUUUGUGGUGCAGGUAACACAUCUGAAAUCCACCUGCCCAGUCCACAGAGGAAUCAAAGGGAUCACUUUGAUAUCCAUAAUGUAUUGUUCUACUCUUGUGUAGUUCCCUGGAAAGAACUAUUCAAUUUGGUAUUUAUUAAGGAUUCAAGAUUUAAAGGGUUUAUCGUUAUAUGCGCAAAAGAUACAAGGUACUUGUUGGCGAUUAAGUCUUCAGUCCCAGGCUCUGCCAACAGUGCAAUAUAUACUCAAGAAAGAACUAAGAAAGUAAACUUAUGAAGAAAAAAAUAUGGCGAUUAGUGAAAUUGUGCAAGUAACCUGCAGGAAUAAGUAAACUAUGUACAUGUAAGACAUAAUGACAGAAUAAAUAAUGUAGAUUCUAUUAUUUUGACGUUUAUGUCAUAUUUAGGUCAUUGUGUUCAGUUUAUAAGAAGUUUUCCAAAGGGAUUUACCUAAAAUAAGCACUAAAACUAAAUAGAUUAUCUAUUUUCUAUUCAUAAAUGAUUGGCACCUUUCAUUCUCUGUGUUAAAAUGCAAUACUUUCCUGUAGACUCAUUUCCCAGUGAGUAAAAGACUCA